GGAAGUACACACGCUCGGGGGGCUUCGUGGUGAAGCGACAGGAGACUCAGCGACUCAUGAGCUCCCGUUUUUUAUCUGUAAGUGGAUGUGGUGUGUUUGUGGAACAUGGCGGAAGAGGAGCAGCUGCUCUCCCUCAUGUUCCUCUUGACCUACGUGCUGCAGAAGCGACGCAGAGACAUAAACGACGCAGAUGUCCAGAGGCGCAGUGAGAUCCAGAGACGCAUCCGACACAGACAGUACUUCUUCCAGAGACAGAGGAGGAUGGCGCUGAUGAUGAUAGCAGGAGGUUUCCGCUCCAACGUCCGCAUCCGCACUCGUCCCUGGACCACCACUGCAAGCACUGAUUGGUGGGAACGGGUUGUGAUGACAGAAUUCCAGCCCUGUGAUUGGCUGGAUAAGUUCCGUAUGAGCCAGGAGACGUUCUUUCACCUCUGUGACAAACUGAGGCCCCGUCUGGCUCGUCAGGACACCAGCUUCCGCCUGGCGCUGCCGGUGGAGAAGCGCGUCGCUGUGGCAUUGUGGCGCCUGGCAUCGAACAUCGAGUACCGCACCAUCAGCACUCUCUUCGGCGUGGGGAAGUCCACCGUUUGCCGAUGUGUUAGAGACAUGUGUCACGCCAUCGUGGGGCUCCUCAGCUCCAUCUACCUGCGCCCCCCCAAUGAGCAGGAGCUGGAGGACUCCGCCCAACUCUUCCUGAACAACUUGGGCUUCCCCCACUGUGCUGCUGCCAUAGCAACCCUCCACACAGCUAUCAUCACUCCAUCAAACAAUGCGUCUGACUAUGCUAACCCCGCCGGCUGGCUCUCAGUACUGUCUCAGGUGGCCGUCAGUGGUCGCGGGCAGUUCUGGGAUGUAUGUGCCAGUUUCCCAGGUGGAACAGACCCAGCUGAAAUCUUACAGAGUUCAUCACUCUGGACCACAGCCGCAGAGGGCGGACUGUCGCCUGCCCCACUACCCGUCUUCAUGGGAAGACCACUUAGGUAUGUGCUGCUGGGUGAGGCCUGUUACCCCCUCCAGAGCUGGCUGAUGAAGCCUUAUCCUGAGCAAAGAGGGAGAGGGGCAGUUCACCCUGCACUGACGGAGCCACAGCGGCUCUUUAACCACCAACUCUCCAGAGCGCACAGUGUGUCCGAUGAGGCGCUGCUAAGACUGAGGGCACGCUGGCAGUGUCUGAGCAAGAGGAACGACUGUGGACUGGACGUGGUGCCCACUAUGAUCCUGGCGUGCUGCAUUCUGCACAACAUAUGCGAGUCCCACGGUAAUGCCUUCAUGGCGGAGUGGCUGGCGGAGGUGGCCGAGUCAGAGAGCCCACAGCCCAGCCACAAGCAGCUCUCGUCAACCAGUGUGGAGCAGAGUCAGGGGGAGGAGGUCCGACACCUCUUCAGUGACUAUUUUCAACAUUUGAAUAUCUGAUCAAGGACUUAUACUAUUUUAAAAAAACACGUAAACCAUCGUAUUGGUUUGUGCUCGUGCUGUAGAGAUGGCUGUGUCACUCAGUCACUUGUUCUGCCAGUCAAGUGUUACCAUGUAGCUUUAUGCUAAUUUUAGCCAGGCAUAUUGACAACAUAAGCAUACAUCUCAAACCACAGUAGAACCUAACUGCUCUUCACUCUUUCAAAUUAAAGUUCCGACUCUUUUUAUUCAAGACAUCUGAUUACUUUAUGUCCUCAAAUCAUGAAACAUCCAGGGGAGAAAAAGCCAUCUCAUUCAGGCUGAAUCACGUCUUGACUCUGGUGCCACCGUCCGUCCAAACUUCAAGUUUUAUCUUACUGGUUUUCUUCCCAUUUUCAUUUUAAAUAUCAAAAACCCUUUCUCUUUUAAUAUGUAAUAAAACUUUGUAUGUGUCCUCUUUUAUUUUAUUCUAAUGUUGACUUGAUACAUAUUUAAAGUACUGUUGUACAGUCCAGAUCCUAGUUGGUCUGAUUUUUAUUUUCUAGCUUUGCGCUGCCUUCAAUUUGAUCAAAUUUGAUACAGUAAAAGAUACUACACUUAAGUGCCAAGUCUUAGCGUUAGUUUGUAUAAGUUUACAUCAGUGUAGAAACAUCUGUAUACUUUAACACAAAUUCCAAGUGUGCAAAUCAAACCUGAGAAAUGGCACGUUAUGUGUACAUCUGCGUUUGUAUGUCUGUUUGAUCGUAAGCAUUAUAGAAGAAAAACUGCUGGAGGGAUUACCAAAAGACUUGGUGGAGGGAUGCAGUCGGGUCAGGGAGGAAACCUAUUGAAUUUUGGUGCGGAUCGGCAUCAGGAAGCAGAUUUGUUCAUAAUUUAAGGGACCAAUAUCUAUGAGUAUGUGUAAAUUGGUGCAUCUUGACGGAUUUAAUGGUCCUGUGUGAAAGAUUUAAGGGGAAGGGAUCUAUUUGAAGAAAUUGAAUGUAAAAUAAACCCAUAUGUUUUCACUA